AUGGCUGAGUUCGACCUUUACGAGUCUCUCGAGACCAAGCAUCAAUUUUGGGAAGAGCUCGACGACGUCGUCACUACCCAAUACCAGUCCCACGACUUAAUCGACGAAACCCUUCGAUCGUGGCUCUAUCUUACUUCGAGGUUCAGAGACAAGUUCUCCGAAAAUGAAGACGACGUCGCCGCCUGCUGCGAGAAGCUGCUACAAUGCAAGCUAUUCCAAGAUAACAAGGACUACAUCCGAACACAGAUCAUCUACAGCCUCCUCCAGGAGGACGAACCCCCGUCGCUGCACGCUAUUGUGCUGUUCCUUCUGCUCGACGGCCAUGCCGACGAGGCCUUAUACUCCCGCAUGAUUGAGGAAGCAUGCUUCCCUCGCCUCCUCGAGCUGAUUAACGGUCGUAAAGAGCAGGAUCUGAGGCUCCAUCGCUUGCUUUUGGAGCUGAUGUACGAAAUGUCCCGGGUCGAAAGGUUGCGCACCGCCGACCUGCUGCAGGUCGACGACGGCUUUGUUGCAUACCUCUUCCAGAUAAUCGAGGAGUUGUCUAACGAUGUUCACGAUCCAUACCACUAUCCAAUCAUCCGCGUGCUGUUGGUUCUUAACGAACAAUAUAUGCUCGCAUCUACCGACGUCGCCUCCGAUCCUAGCUCACCCACUGCGCCCCUCACCAACAGGGUGAUCAAGUGCCUUAGUCUUCACGGCGAUUCGUUCCGCACAUUCGGAGAGAACAUCAUUUUACUCUUAAAUCGUGAAACUGAGACGUCUCUGCAACUCUUGAUCCUGAAACUUCUUUAUUUAUUAUUUACAACCAAAGCCACAUACGAAUACUUCUACACAAAUGACCUCAAGGUCCUUCUCGACGUCAUCAUUCGGAACUUGAUGGACUUGCCGGACGAAAAGAUAUCGCUUCGUCACACCUAUCUUCGGGUUCUAUACCCACUGCUGGCACACACGCAACUGAGUCACCCGCCGCACUACAAGCGUGAUGAGGUGCUCAAGGUUUUGAGGAUUCUGGGAGGCUACGGAAAUUCUCAUUUCGCCCCCGCGGACGAAACGACGGUGCGCUUGGUCGACAGAGUCUCCAAAGUCAAAUGGCUUGUUGACCAGGAGGCUUCUGGCGAGGCAGAGGUGGCUCGGAAGUUCCUGGGCAUCAGUCUCACACGAUCGGACACAGCGAGCAGCGUUAGUGUCGUCGACGUCGCCGCCGUCAUGGAGAAACCUGGCGUCAUAACUCCGAGUCGCAAGGCUGAGGCAGACGCGGGACUCAAACAAGGAGAGGCAAAGGCCGGGGCAGGCGCUGUGCGGCCGAAGAAGCCGUUGCCCGAGGUACCGAAACACCGACAUGGUGUUCCCGUCGGACCGACGACGACGUUGCAUCUGAAUGGACAUAAGAAGAUACCACCAAAAGCGCCGCCGCCGCGGCGGAGGACGAAGCUCCAACCUGUGGAACCCGUGGCGGACGAUGCCACUAUGCCAGAGGCUUGA